ACUCCCAUGAUGCAGUUCUGCGUAUGAAUGAAGCUGGAGUUGAGGGGUUCGAAACAGACGUAGGUUCAAAGACAACAGUACGGUUGAUUAACAGUCAGAUGCUUGACGUAAAACACGUUGCUGAUUUGAAGAAAAUAGUGAAUAAAGACUGUUCAUUAUUUGUCUGGAGAACUGGCCCACGUGAUGGAAAUCUUACAAAGUGGCAUUAUGAUGGCGCUGGUGAAGAGUAUUUCAAUAAUUUCAUCACAUGGGUCAAAGGACAUCCAAGUCUCAUCCCUCAUUUAAUACAUCCUUCGACUCUGUGGGGAAGUUGGGAUGUCAUACACCAAUAUACAAAUGAACACUUGGUCGAACAUGUUCCUUCAACUGGUUUCACAGGCAUUCAUCUUAUGAGUCAAAUGUGUCAAUAUAUCGAUGUUUAUGGAUACAUUACACCCAUGCACACAGAUUGCCACUAUUACAAAACCAGUAAAUGUCAUCCUUUAGAAUGGCAUCCAAUUAACGAAGAGAAAAACUUCCUUAGACGACUGCACAUAGGAAGUCAGGAAGACAUUUCAACUAAAGGAAAAUUAUCGUUAUAUGGUUCUAUUCAUAACGGUGUUAAUUGUUAG